CGCGACGGUGGUAAGAGGGAGGAGACUGCGGCUGCGGCAGCGGCUUCUGGGAUCCCGAUGUGGCAGAGGGGCCGUCACCGCCAACAAGGAGGUGGAGGGCCCGCGAGCCCGGUGUUGGAGACACUGCUGCCAUCCUUUUCUCCUGGCCUGCUGUCCUCCUAGACACGCUCGUCGCCUAAGGAUCCUCCCCUCCCAGCUCUUGCAAACUCCGAACUCGUCGCCUGCUGAUUCUCUUUCACCACGGGUUCACAGCGGAGGCAGCAGUGAGGUGUCCGAUUUGGACACGUGAGGCCUGCGAUCCCCGGAAUUGGGGAGGUGGGCGCUGGACUAGAGAAUCGGAGGAUGAGGGUUGGUGGGUGCCAGGAGGGAAGAUUGGGGUGUGUGCUGGGACAGGAGAUGAGGGAGACUGACAAGGGUGAUUUGGGGACGGGAGGGUGGGGGUAGGGGGAGCCAAAGAGCACCUGGAUGGUAUACAAAGGUGGCCCCAGAAAGAGAAAUAGAUUUGUUCUGGGCACCCAACAGCAAAAUGGAGAUGACCAGGAAGAGAUACGAAGGAGAGGUGAACAACAAGCAGAAGCCAUGGGGAUGGGAGGCAAAACAGAUGAAGAGCAGACGACAAUGAGCAGGGGAAAAGGAGACUAUCCUCUUCCUCCCCCUGCAGGUAUGAAGACCCCUCACAAAAAGACCCCUCACAAAAAGACCCCUCACUGCAGCAAACCAGGGAAAUUGUCGAUGGCCACAAAGGGUCUGAAAGUAUGAGGAAGAAAAAGACUUCUCAAAAGAAGCAGAGAGGCAGACCUUCCUCCCAGCCCCGCAGGAAAAUCGUGGGCUGCAGAAUUUCACACGGAUGGAAGGAAGGCAAUGAGAGCAUCACCCAGUGGAAAGGAACCGUUCUGGAUCAGGUGCCUAUAAAUCCUUCUCUUUAUCUGGUGAAAUAUGAUGGAAUUGACUGUGUCUAUGGACUUGAACUUCACAGAGAUGAAAGGAUUUUAAAGCUUAAAAUCCUUCCUGAUAAGGUGCCAUUAUCUCGACUCAGAGAUGUGCACCUUGCAAACACCAUAAUUGGUAAAGCUGUGGAACAUAUGUUUGAGGGUGAGCAUGGUUCUAAGGAUGAAUGGAGAGGAAUGGUCUUGGCCCAAGCACCUAUCAUGAAAGCCUGGUUUUAUAUUACCUAUGAGAAAGAUCCUGUCUUGUACAUGUACCAGCUUCUAGAUGAUUAUAAAGGAGACCUCCGUAUCAUGCCAGAGUCCGGUGAGUCUCCUCCAGCAGAGAGGGAGCCAGGAGGAGUUGUAGAUGGCCUGAUAGGUAAACAUGUGGAAUAUACCAAAGAAGAUGGCUCCAAACGGAUCGGCAUGGUCAUUCACCAAGUGGAAGCCAAACCCUCUGUGUAUUUCAUCAAGUUUGAUGAUGAUUUCCAUAUCUAUGUCUAUGAUUUGGUGAAAAAGUCCUAACUGUUAGGGUAAACUUUGCCACAUUUGUGAAAACAAAUGUGUACUUUGUAGACAUGCAAAAUAAUGUUACUUUUCAGUGUAUUGAAAGCUUUAGGGUCCCUGUUAAUCUGACAUCUUUGCCAGCAUAACUGUUGUUUUGUCCUGAAAAAUACAAAUUUAUGUGGCCAUGACACGCUGUGUGUAAGGAAUUUGUCAUGUUGAAACGUUUGGGUGUGUUUGGUGGAUGGGGCAUGAAAGGAAGGAACAGCUGUAAAUUCAGGCUGUGAAUAAAGUUCAGCUAGUAUCAUAAUCAGUCAUCUAAAAAUGGAAUAGGACUUAGCUGGUCUGGUCUAGGGAGGGAGGAGGAGAAGGAACUAGAGAUGAGCUGUGGGGGAAGGGAGAAGGGGAGGUGGCUGCUUAGCAGGAGGUGGGGAGGGGUCAAAAAUGGAGAGGCUGCCUAGCGGGCGGGAUGACCUAAGAGGGGGAGGCACACAACUGGGAGGGGGUGAAGAAUAACAGAGGGAGAGUGAGAUCUUGAGACUUAGAGGAAAACAGACAGAAUAAAUUGAGUAGAGAGGGACACAAGGACGUUUAGAAGAGAUCCAGAGCAAGGGAGAGAAAGAUGAAGUUGGCAGAGAUCUGGGGAGAGGCUAAAAGGAUACUCAAAUGGAGUUCUAUGCAUGAGUGAGGGGCCAGAAGGGGAGGGACAUCGAGGAAAGAGGAAUUCUAAGAUGAAAGACUGACAGAGGGAGUGAGAAUACAGACAACAAGAUAUGGGAAGUGUGGUCCAUGAGAGAUGGGAAGACCCAAGGAAAAAUAGGACUUCUGGCAGUAUCCAAAUUGCCCUCCCUAGCUCUGUGCCCAAAGGAGGUGGCAACAGUCAAAGAAACCAGAUGGACUGGAGCUUCCCUAGAAGGACAUUUUGACAGGAAUGUCUCAAGAGUUAAGCAGGAGCCAAGUUUAUACCUAAAAGCCUUUUAUAAUAUCAGGGAGUUCAUGCCACACCUGCUGAGCAGAACCCAAACCCUCAGCCUAAACACACUAACAUGGCACUCCAUAAGCAGGGGCCUGUGGGCAGCUUCCUCGUAUUUUCCAGAGGACCCAAGAGCAGUAAAUCUCAGACCUGAAGGUCUUGGUUCCCUUCGCCUACACUGAAUAAACGAUUCUUGAGGGGAACAGGUCAGUGGGGUGCUCAGAACUUAAGAGAUGUGCCACCUUGCAUUUGGAAAGCAUUUUAUCCAGAAAAAUGGAAACUUGCUAAACCCAGGUACAGCAGUCUCCUCACUGUUCUUCCUCCUCCUGGACUAUACCUGGCCUCCUUACAGAGGAGGGGCAUCAGAGGAUUGAGCUUAAUGUUUCUCUCCCGGGUGUGGGGAAUACUUGACUGUCCAUGCUUCUCUCAGCAGUUGCCUGAAAUCACAGGUGACUUCACCCAAUGCUUCACCAGAUGGAGGUCUGCUGCCUCCAGAAGCCCCAUUCUGGUUAUAUCCCAACAAAGCCAUUGGCUACUGGCAUUUCACAGGUACCUCCUGACCAGUCUUGCCCACUUCACGCACACGGGGAGCUGUGAUGGAAAUUUGUGCAGCUCUAUUUCCUGGUGAGAUAGAUGGCAUGCGCAGUUGGGCAGGGAGUUGUGACUUUGUAUAACUAAGUCCUCCGACUGUAUGGUACCACAUAGGUGGUUGGUGGGGAGAGGGUGUGGUAACCCCCAAUAAAUUCCCUCAGAGGUACAAUGUCCCAACACAUGGGUCUUUGUCCUUCUCUCCUUCUUUCCUUUCCCUGGUCCAGCUGUGGAAGUUUCCUUCAAAACCCUCUCUCUGGUUUUCCCACUCCACACUUCACUGAAAUAUACCCCUACCCUCAAAGAAACAGUUCUGGUGACUACCCACUGCCCAGGUUUCCUUAACUCCAGGCAUAACAGGGAGGUGGGGAGGCAGGGAGCUUCUAGGAGUUGAUAGAAGUUGGUAAUUCCAGUUCAUUCUCUCCACCCAACAUGGCCUGAAGCUGUUUGUCUCAAGAAUUACACAAGGCAAGCCCACCUCACCAGAACAGGGAUAAGUUUUCUUUCAUACAGCACAUAAUUCAGCCUAGCAAACACCUGCAGGCCACUCAUGGGCCAAUUUCAGCCCGCUGUCAUAUUUUGCUUGAUCGUCAUGUUUUUAUCAUUCUCCAUUUUAAAAUUAGCUACUUAGACAUUUGGGGGAUUUCACAUUUCAAAAAUCCACAUUUCUGGCUUACCUGAAAAAAUAAAAACAAAAUCAAUAGACCAAGGAUUAGGGCCCACAUUCCAAUAAGGAUACAAGCAGCUGGCUCUGAGGAAGGGCUCAGCCAUUGUAGACUCAGAAUGCUCUCUCAGUGGGGCCACACCCCAAGUUGGCCUUCUUCGCUCUAAUAAAAUGCCCAGUUGUCUCCUGGAAGCACUUGCAUUGGUAGUUUUGGGGCUAGACCCAGGGAAAACUGCCUAACCCCACUUUGGCUUACUUUAACCCCAUUUGCUUUUUAAUUUAUUUGCUCUAUCUUCAUCUCACCAAUACUUAGUUCAGGUGGUCUCUCUGCCAGGCAGUGUUCUAGACACAGGUCCUUAUGAUAUGGUUAUAAACAAAAGAAACAAAUAAAUAAUCUUAUCUUCAUGGAACUUUCAUAUUAGUGUGGGAGACAGACAGUAUCCAAGAGACAAUAAGUAAAAUAUAAAGUAGUUUCAAAGUGAUAAGUGUUAAGAAGGAAAAAAUGAACAGGGGGACUGAAAUUCCAGGGAGGAGGUUGAAGAGAUGGCCUCACUGAGAGCCUGGAUUUUGCGUAAAGACCUGAAGGCAGUGAGAGAGCUGACCCUGUGGCUGUCUGGGGAAUGAGGAUUCCAAUUAGCAGGGACAGCACGUGCUGAGGUCCCAAGGCAGAGGUAGGCCUGGCAUGUUCAAGGAACACUGAGGAUACCAGCAUGGCUGGAGCUGAGUUAGCAAGGUAGAGAAUAUCAGGAAGUGAGUUCAGAGAGGUGAUGUGGAUCUGGGAGAAGCAGAUAGCUUGGAGCCUUGGAGGGUCUAUAAUGGAAUUUGACUUUUACAGUGAGUGUGGGGAGGAGUCAUUCGAGUAUUUUCAGCAGAGGCUGGAUAUGAUUUGUUUUAUAUUUUUCACAGGAUCAUUCUGGAAAGUCUGGAGUGUUAUCUGUUUGUGGUCAAGUUUGGGAAAAGGAAGAUAAAAUAUACCAAUGAAACAGAGUAGAGACCUAAAAAUAGAUUUACAUAUAGGAAACUUAUGUCAUAAUAGAGGUGAUAUUUCAGAUGAAUGAUGAAAAGACAUUUUAUUCAAUAAAUGGUACUCCAUUAAUCUGUUUCCCAUAUGGCAAAAAAAUAAGCAUAAAUCCCUUCAACGCAUCCUACACACAAAAGGAAAAUGGAAAAAUGUUAAUGCUUAAAUUUAGAAGGUAAUACUUAUAAAAAUUUUAGUAUAAGAUGAAAGUGAGUGUUUUUUUCCCUAUGUAAAUGGGAAAGAUUUAUUUUACAGGCAAAAUAUGCGCAAGUAAUGAAGGGAAAGUUUGAUAUGUUUAUUUUAAAAUAUGCAAGCCCCAAAUAUCAAAAAUCCUCAUAUACCAAGUGGAGUCAAUGUGAUAAGGUUACAAACUGUGAUAGUCAAAAUGAAUUAAAGAAAAAUAUAUUCAGUGAGAAAAUAAUAGAGUCCAUAGAACACUGGGUAAAUAUAUGAAUAGGGAAUUCAAAUAGAUCACAGUCAACAAAUAUACAUUACCUUGAUCUGCUGCUCAUUACCUUAAUCUUGUCCAUAAUAUGUCAUCUUCUAACAUACUACAUAGUUUACUUAGUUAAUAUGUUUAUUGUUUCCCUACCAGAAUGUAAACCCUGAAAGUGCAUGAGUUUUCUUCCUUAGAAUAGUAUCUGGCAUAACGUAAGUGUUUAAUAAACAUUUGUUAACUAUAUGAAUCUCAUCAGUAACUAGGGAAAUGAAAAUUAAAGUAACAUGAUCUCACACACAUUAGAUCAGCUACACAUGUGAAGUUUGAAAAUACAUAUUGACCAGUUAAACAAGUGGGAGAUCCUAUACACUCUAGGUGAGCAUUUGUCAGAGAGAAAUUUGCCAUUAUCUAGUGAUAGCCUAGAUAGAAGCUGGCAUAUUUCCAGCAAUUUCAUGUUUAUAUAUUGUUGGAAGGCAAUUCUGUGUGUGUCUCACAUGUUACUGUACAUAUGGCAAGUAAAACACUGAGAAUUCUUUCUUUUGAGGUGUCUUUUGAAAGAUGUUUGAGUGGUGAACAGCUUUGGAAGAUAGACAUAGUAUCUCUCUCUCUGAAGUAAAAAGCAGGAUUGCUUAGAGUCUUUGGAAGAUAGUGAUUUCCUCUGGGACAAAGGGCAGGAAUGCUUACUCCAAUAUAAUAAAGAUAAUGUCUCUUUCAAGAGCAAAGGAAAGGGAUGCUUACUGCUCCAUAUAAAAGUUUGAGGUUCCCAAACUGAUGUUUCCUCCUUUGUAAUUCAACUUACCUUAUAUGUAUGUGUCAUGUAACCAUUCUUCAUAACUCUGUAGGAAGUGGGACUCAGGCUUACAGGGUAAAAACACUGAUAUUCAGGCUAUUUUUAUUACUGUGAAUAAUAAACUA